UUCUUUGUUGACAACUUGACAAAUGACAUGUUUACAAAACAAUUUUAAAUUCUUCUACGCCGUGACUUGUUUUAAAAUUAAUUUCUUUGUCAGCUGUUUUAUUCAGGUUAUGUUAAUUGUUACUUAUUAAACAUUAUAAUCGAUAAUAAGUUCUACUCAAAAUUGAAACAGAAAAAUUAUGCCCGAAGAUGGAUGCCAUGUUUGAUAUUUGUUACCUUUCGCCCGACGGAAAUAAUUUUGAGCCUGAUGAUAUUCCUAAAACAAAAGAUAAUGUGUGGAUAUUAGGAAAAAAAUAUAGCGCUAUCCAAGAUUUGGAUCGUAUAAGGCGCGACAUAAGUUCUAUCAUUUGGUGUACGUACAGAAAAGGAUUUGUGCCUAUAGGAGACGAGGGUCUGACUUCAGACAAAGGAUGGGGUUGUAUGUUGCGCUGUGGACAGAUGGUGCUUGGUGUGGCACUGGUUAGAGUCCAUCUAUCGUCUGAUUGGGUGUGGACACCAGAAACAAGAGAUCCAACAUAUCUGAAAAUAGUUCAAAGGUUUGAAGAAAGAAAACAAGCUCCGUAUUCCAUUCAUCAAGUAGCACUCAUGGGGGCAUGUGAAGGGAAGGAGGUUGGCCAGUGGUUUGGACCCAACACUGUUGCACAAGUACUCAAAAAACUAGUAGUAUAUGACAAAUGGAGCUCGUUAGUCAUACAUGUUGCACUAGACAACACUGUUGUGAAGGAAGAUAUCUUGCAACAGUGUAUUGUGAACAAUGACAGAGGGGACACCUCAGAUACUCCUGACAAUCUGAUAGUGUCAGACUGGAUGCCACUUCUGUUGAUAGUGCCCCUUAGACUUGGAUUAAGUGAAAUUAAUCCUGUGUAUAUUGAUGGAAUAAAGACAUGUUUCGAAGUGCCGCAAUCGAUCGGCGUGAUCGGCGGGAAACCCAACCAGGCGCUGUAUCUCAUUGGCUGCGUCGGUGACGAGGCCGUCUACCUCGAUCCGCACACGACACAACGAUCCGGCUUGGUUGAAAACAAAAUGACAGAUGAACAGAAAGAAAUGGACUGCACAUAUCACUGUAAAUACGCUUCGCGAAUACCUAUGCUCUCUAUGGACCCCUCAGUCGCUGUGUGUUUCCUAUGUCGGACAAGGAGUGAUUUCGACGAGUUGUGUACGACAAUAGAAACUAAACUAAUGAAGGAAAGUCAGCCUCUGUUCGAACUCUGUGAUAAACGCCCAGCGCACUGGGGGCCAAGCACCAAUGAUAUAGACUUACAAAAUACUAACCUUUUUACAGAAUUUGAAGAAGUUGAUCGACAGUUUGAUGAUUCGGAUGAUGAAUUCGAAAUCCUAUGAAAUUGUCGAUGUACUAUGGCGUUAUGGCCCAAAGGAAAUAGUAUGCUAUAUGAUAUUUUAAAUAACUCAUCACAACACAAUAUUAUGUUUCUCUAUAUACAUUCUGUAUUUUGUAAUUAUUGGAAGACUUUGUGUUCAUUAAUGCAAUUUAAAUGCAUUUUAAGUUGUGUAUUU